AAGCGGAAGCCUGGGGGGCGGGCCAAGGGGAGGUCCGGAGUCCACGGCGGUUAAUUCCUUUUACCAUCCGGCUUGGCUUUCCCCGGUCUUGGCUUUUCUGAGGCUGCGAGAGAUGGUCAGGUCCGGAUCUCGACCAGGCCAGGUGUUACCUUCAAGAAAGUACACUGGACCUGCUAAAUUAACAAAUGGAAAGAAAGGGAUUCAUUUAAGAAAGAUAUCACGUUUAAAUGCAGAUUCUGGCCAUCCCAUUCAUUCUGAUUCAGAAAGUCAGACUGAAACCAUACAGGGGCUUGAUGGUUGUGCUUCUUUGCUGCGGGACAUUUUGAGAAAUGAAGAUUCAGGUUCAGAAGUAGCAUAUUCAGAAAAUAAAUAUAAUCCCAGACCUUUAAAAGGCAAAAGAAAUGGAUCUAAAAAGAAAGGACAUGAAAAACAUACUGUUCCUUCAGUAGUCCAGAAAGAACUUUUAUCUUCAGAUUAUAAGAAACAGAUACCUACUGAAGCUUCUGCUGGAAGUGAAAGAGACUCAUCAGAUAUACCACAAAAUUGGUCGUUCCAAGAUCAUUAUAGAAUGUAUUCACCCAUAAUUUACCAAGCCCUCUGUGAGCAUGUGCAGACUCAAAUGUCAUUGAUGAAUAACUUGGCUUCAAAGAACAACCCUAAUGGAAUUCCUGCUGUACCUUGCCAUACUGUGUCUGGUUCUGACUCUCUUUUGGAAUCUCAGGCAACUCCACAUUCUAGUUAUGGCUUAUCAACUUCCACUCUAGUCCAGUUACCUCAGCAGCUACCCUGCCCUCCAGUGGUUCAUUCUGAAGUUCAGACCGAUGGUAAUAACCAGUUUGCAUCACAACGUAGAACAAUUUCUGUGAACUGUACCGAUAGUCUAAGGAAUUCCUUCAGUACUAGUCCUGGAGUUCCAUGUAGCCUGCCCAAAACUGACAAACCAGCUAUUCCAGCAUCUCAGCAGCUGGGUCUUGCUAAUGGUAUUCUGCCACAACAAGAAGUUCCUAAGGAAUCAGACCUACUAAAGUGUUUCCAAACGUAUAUGAAUCUGUUGCGUUCUCAUCCAGAUGGUCAGACACACCGAAGCCCCACUGUAUUACAGCCAGCUUUCUUGACCACUAAUGAAGAAAAAUGUGCCAAAGAACAAACUGAAGAGGUCACAAGUGAAGGAAAGGAUUUAAACAUACAUGUGCAAGAUUUGGGAAUAAAAGAUGUCCAAAAGGCAAAAAAUGGAAACCAGAGUGCUGAAAAAGUUAGAACUGCAAAGUAUUUGUUGGGAGAGCUGAAGUCCUUGUUAGCAGAGCAAGAGGAUUCGGAAGUUCAGAGAUUGAUUGCAGAAUUGGAGGCAUGUAUAUUUCUUCUUCCAGCAAUAAAUGGAAAUACAGAUAUUCAAGUUGAAAUAGCACUGGCCAUGCAACCACUAAGAAGUGAAAAUGCUCAGUUACGCAGGCAGUUGAGAAUUUUGAACCAGCAACUUAAAGAACAAGAAAAAACUCAGAAGGCAUCUGGUUCUCGGGAAUGCAGUCUUGAAUUGUUUUCUCUUCAGUCAUUGAAUAAGUCCUUGCAAAAUCAAUUACAAGAAUCAUUGAAGAGCCAGGAAUUACUACAGAAUAAAAAUGAAGAGCUUUUAAAAGUGAUCGAAAAUCAGAAAGAUGAAAACAAAAAAUUUGCUGAUAUAUUUAAAGAAAAAGAUCAAACUAUACUUGAUAAUAAGCAGCAAUUUGACAUUGAGACAACUAGAAUAAAAAUUGAAUUGGAGGAAGCCUUAGUCAAUGUGAAAAGCUCCCAGUUUAAAUUAGAAGCUGCUAAAAAGGAAAAUCAGAUAUUGGGAAUAACAUUACGUCAGCGUGAUGCUGAGGUGACUCAACUGAGAGACUUAACCAGAACUUUACAAAGCAGUAUGGCAAAGCUUCUCUCAGAUCUUAGUAUGGACACUGCUCGCUGCAAGCCUGGGAAUAAUCUUACCAAAUCACUUCUGAACAUUUAUGAUAAACAACCUCAACAUGACCCAAUCCCUGCUCACACUUCCAUAAUGAGCUACCUAAAUAAGUUAGAAACAGAUCACACCUUUACACAUUCAGAGCCACUCUCUACAGUUAACGAUGAGAAAAACAUAGUGCCAGACAGGCCCUAUGAAAGUGUUCUGCCUUCCAAAGGCCCACAGCAUAGUAACACUAGGAGCACGGAGGAAGUGUCUGCCCCUGGAAUCACUUCUACCCUUUCAAAACAGGAUUCUGAUGAAGAGAGUGAAAUUACAACUUUAAUAGAAGAUGAGUGUAAUCUGGAUAGUACAAUUUACAUCCCGUUUUCUAGAAGCACUUCUAAAAGGAAAUCAGCACUAUCGAAGAGAUUAUCCCCACAGCCGCAGGUCAGUGUAGCUCCACCACAGCCGGUCAGCAACAGUGGACUUGUCCCUGAAAAAGAAAACAAAUUGUGUGCACCUGGAGAUUGUUACUCUUCCAAAAAGGAAGCAGAAAAUGUACUUGAGAAACUUUCGAGAACAGCCGAAAUGAAGGAUAAGCAGCUCCUCAAGAAAAUAAAGGAAGCCAUCUGCAAGAUCCCUGCUGCCACUGAGAAUCCACAGGCACCAGCCACGUGUCACGGCCCCUCCACUUGCCAGAGCAGCAGCUUUCAAGUGAAAAGUAGUGCCCUCUCUGAUGGUAGCUUUUUAAAUUCUGACUUCACAUCUGACUGGAGCAUCUCUUCUUUUUCAACAUUCACUUCUCGUGAUGAACAAGACUUCCGAAAUGGCCUUGCAGCGCUGGACGCCAACAUUGCUAGACUCCGGGAGUCUUUAAGGACUGGUCUUCUAGAGAAAUGAACUCAGAAGAAAAUGGAUUGAGUGCUUCUUUUGAAGACUAGACUUGGUUACAUGGAAUGUAUACUUUAAAUUUCUUUAGAGAAAUGUUUUAUAUUAAUUAUGUGUGAAAAUAAAUUGAAUAAUAAAUUUAUUAUUGGACUAUAUCAACAUUGGAGCUUGUAAAAACAAGUCAUCUUAAACUGACAUGUGCUAAGAGAAAAAAGUUAUAAGUAACUAGGGAAGUAUUAUAUAUAAUAUUUUAUUUUAGUACUUAGCAAUUAGAGUUCUUCUAUUACCCUGCUGGGUAAAGAGUACAGGUUGGAAGGAUUCUCCGGUUGUCCUAAAGGAUAAUUGGAAGGGUGUGUUGGUGCAAUUUACUGUAUUCAAACUAGUUUCUCUUCCAGGAUUCCUUUUGUUUUUUUAAUGGCAUUGUGUCUUUAUAUGGGAUACUUUAUGCUACAGGCUAGUAUUUUUUAGUGAAAUGUGUAAACAUUUCUUUUAAGGCAAAAAAUAGUCUACCUUUUAAGAAACAUUGAUCCAAUAAAAUAUAGGUAACAUCCUCAGUUAGCAUAUGGUUUCUUAAAACGGGCACUUUUAUUUGUUUUUAUACUGAAUGCAUGUUUAAGGCCUUUAAAAAAUAAAGUCAGAUUGAUAAAUGCUAAUAGAUAAGUUUCAGUUUGGGCAAUUUUUUUUUUAGUAAAUAAGGAAUGUUUGUUUUUUGUCCUUAUAUUUGAACAUGACGGAGUUUGUAAAUCUUGCACUGGUUGUAAUUCGCCUUUCUGAUCAAUUUUUUCAGCACCUGAGCUGAGAACAUUCUCUGUUCUAUAAUUAAUAUGAACUAGGUUGUACUCUGCUUCUCUAUCCUAACACCUCUAAAUUACUCAGUAUUACUUUCUUCCAUGUAAGCAGCACAUUUUAACUCUUAGGAAAUUGAGUGUUGUGCUGUCACUAGCACUCCAUACAAGUCACUUGCUUGGUGUUAUGUGUUUAGUGCUUGGGCAGGCCUUGGCAUUAAAGAGUGUUCUGCUGGUCCCAGAACCGAUUCUUGCUGGUUUUUUAAGUGUUGGUGCUACAACUUCUUAAGUACCCAGACAUAGUCUCUUUGACAUGUCCAGACUUUAUAGACAGAGAUUUCUUAAGUCUAAAAAUAUGAGAUGAAUUCUAGGCUAUUUUCACAGAAUUAUCCAUUACUACUUACAAUUUUUCUGACUUCCAGUAUUCAUAAAUUAAGUCAUUGGUUUAUUUAAAGGUAACAGGUCACAAUUCUUUAACACAUAAGUUCAGAAGUACAAAAUAAUAAAGCAAGGAAGACUGAGAAGAAAAAUUUCAUUUGGAUCUUAAAGAGUAUAUAGGAUAUGGAUAAUCCUGUGACUAUCCUCAAAAUAUUUACCCCAUAGAAAGUAUCACAAAACAUGGGGUUUGGUUAAGUGGAAUAUUUAAGAGGAUGGUAGAUAACAGCAACCUGACUAAAAUAAAGGGGUCAAGAUUAUAUGAUAAUGGUAAUAGAUGAUAACACAUUUUGAAGAGUUGGUGUCAUAUUGUAAAAUGUCUUAAGCUCCAGGAUGUGGAAUAACCAUUAAAUGUGAAGUCAUUGGGUGUUUGAGUA